AUAUUCAAAUAUUCAUUUUAGGAGCCAUUGCUUAGUGCCAUCCGAGCAGCACCCUGCUUCGGCUCCCUUGUGAGCUUUUCCAGAAAGUGUUCAAAGAUUGGCUGUCAAGAAUCAUGGACUGUUUUUAUAUGACUUGUUUUCUGUCAAGACACCAUGAUUCCUGGUAACCGAAUGCUGAUGGUCGUUUUAUUAUGCCAAGUCCUGCUAGGAGGCGUGAGCCAUGCUAGUUUGAUACCUGAGACGGGCAAGAAAAAAGUCGCCGAAAUUCAGGGCCACUCGGGAGGACGCCGCCCUGGGCAGAACCAUGAGUUCUUGCGGGACUUUGAGGCUACGCUGCUGCAGAUGUUUGGGCUUCGGCGGCGGCCACAGCCUAGAAAGGGCGCUGUCAUCCCCGAUUACAUGCGGGAUCUCUACCGGUUGCAGUCUGGGGAGGAGGUGGAGAAAGAGCAAACCCAGAACAUCAGUCUGGAGUACCCUGAGCGUUCUACUAGUCGCGCCAACACCGUGAGGUGUUUCCAUCACGAAGAACAUCUGGAGAGCAUCCCAGGGACCAGAGAAAAUCCUGCUUUUCGUUUUCUAUUUAAUCUUAGCAGUAUUCCAGAGAAUGAGGUGAUUUCUUCUGCAGAACUCCGGUUAUAUAGAGAACAAGUUGAUCAGAGCCCUGACUGGGAGCGAGGUUUCCAUAGGAUCAAUAUUUAUGAAGUCAUGAAACCCCCAGGAGUAUCCAUGCCAAAUAGCCUCAUUACUCGACUACUAGACACCAGACUUGUCCAUCACAAUGUGACUCAGUGGGAAAGUUUUGAUGUAAGCCCCGCAGUCCUUCGCUGGACUCAGGACAAACAGCCUAACCUUGGGCUGGCUAUUGAGGUGACUCACCUCCAGCAGAGACAGACUCACCAGGACCAGCAUGUCAGGAUUAGCAGAUCUUUACCUCUAGGGGGCAAGGAUUGGGCUCAAUUCCGACCCCUCCUGGUCACUUUUGGCCAUGAUGGCCGAGGACAUACCCUGAUCCGUCACCAAAGAGCUAAGCGCAGUCCAAAGCAUCAUUCACAGCGGCCUCGUAAAAAGAAUAAGAAUUGCAGGCGCCAUCCCCUCUACGUGGACUUUAGUGAUGUUGGUUGGAAUGAUUGGAUUGUGGCUCCCCCAGGUUACCAUGCCUUCUAUUGCCAGGGGGACUGCCCCUUCCCCAUCACUGAUCACCUCAAUUCUACCAACCAUGCCAUCGUUCAGACCCUGGUCAACUCAGUCAAUUCUAGCAUUCCUAAAGCUUGCUGUGUGCCCACAGAGCUGAGUGCCAUCUCUAUGCUGUACUUAGAUGAAUAUGACAAGGUUGUACUUAAGAACUAUCAGGAGAUGGUGGUAGAAGGAUGUGGGUGUCGCUGAAAUUUGGACUGACCUCAGUGGGAAGGAGAGAGGAUAUACACAUGCACAAACAUACUCCCCCUCUCGCUUACCCACAUACAGACUGUUGUUCCCUUAUAGCUGGACUUUUUAUCUUUUUUUAAAAAAGAAAAUGAAAGCCCUAAAUAUUCACCUUGACCUUAUUUAUGACUUUAUGUGCAAAUUUUGAUCAUAUUGAGCAUAUAUUUUGACAAAAUAUAUUUAUAACUUUUAAAAAUAAAAUGAGUCAUUAUUUUAAAGGCAAUUUUUUUUUUUCAGUAAACCUGCCUCCCUUUUUUUCUUGCCCCAUAUUUUUGGGUUAGGAUUUGUGCACUUUAUAGUAGAAAGAUUUUGUUGGGACCUUGUUGGGAGUUGGAGGAAAGGGGAUGAAUUGUAUGGCUUUGAGAGAAUAGAUAAUUAUUUUUAUUAAUGAAAUUAAUAAUUAUAACAUCUACAUUGUACUUUACUGUUUAUUAAGCAUUUUUCUUACAAUACUGGGAGAUAAUAGUGCAAAAUAGUACCCCCAUUUCAUAGGUGAGGAAACAGGCUCUGGGACAUUUGUGAAGUUAUAAGCUCUCUUUCCAAGAACCUCUGGUGAAGUUUGAACCCAUACUGAAAUGUAGUAAUUUUUCUAAUAUACUAUAAUUUGCAAUUAGAAAAUUUUCUUUUUCAUUUCUUUUAAAAACCUGCAAUAUUCUUUUGUUAUAUCUUUUUCUUUCCUCCCCUAAUUUGUUCAAUAUUUCUGAGAGAAAUAUAGGAUAGAAGGAGAUAAAACAUCUAGGAUUCUGUUUUUUCUUUGUUCAGUCUGGAAGAUUUCACACUUUGUAAGGCAGUAACAAGACUCAAAUACAUUUUUUGCACUUUGAUUAACAUAUGAGUACUUGGAAUUUCUAUUAAUUUAAAGUUCUUUUAUAUGACUUCCUCCCAGGGGUCAAGGACAUCAUUCUGUGAGAUGGUUGAGAAUCAAAGCUGGAGAAACUUAGGAAAGGUUUCUCCCCAUGACAAUAUUCAUCUUUUAGAAACAUACAAUAGUAGAGUAUGAAAAGUUACUAAACACAUGAAGAUUUCCUAUUUCUAUGACACCAAAAGGCAUAUUUUCUUUGAUUGUGACAUUUUUAAAAUUUACUUUCAUUAAUUUUUGUAAGCUCAUAGGCCAUUUUUAGAAGAAAUGAGCAUUGUAAGAUCAAAUAAUUAUAAUGUCUCAAAUCUAAAAACAAUGAGAAUCAUUUUAAAGAAAACAUUUUAAAUAAAGAGUUGCUUAAUGAUCCCUA